AUGCGUAUCGCCAUUAUCGCUUCCGCUCUAGCCCUGGUCGCUGGUGCUAACGCUGCCUUGAGCCCUCGCGAAGCCGAACCCACCGCCGACCUCUCAGAGAAAUUGCAGGAGAGCUACGACCUUAUUGUACAGAUCGCUAGCAUAGUUUUCCCAGAGAAAACUCCUAGCAAGGACCAAUUUCUGACACAAUUUCUGAACCGCAGUUGUCAGGAUGGCAUCUCUGCCGUCAUAGAGAAGCAGAAGGAACCGGCCUACGAAUACAACGAAUUCACGAAGGAGAGUAUCUGCAAAUGUUGGGGAACUUACAUUAAAGGUUACCGGGAAUUUUUGGAUACGCUCAUUCAAUACCAAGACGUUCCGGACUUGGCCCCAUUCAAGCCUACCAUUGCUAAGCUUACCCUCGAGCUGAAGGAAGCCUUCGACGACAGUUCUGUUAUUCUCUUAGAUCGUACUCCAUUUUGCGCCGAUUUUACUAACAGUAAACAAGAAGCCCCGGAUAAAGAGUUCGAGCAGGCUGUGGGCAUCUACGGGCGCUCCUAG